AUGACCAAACGAAAGGGAGGUGAUAAAGACGCGUCAAGAUGCAAAAAGGUCAAGGAUUCGCCUACGACGCUGCCCCUGCAUCGCGACCUCCUUGACCUCUUCUAUCCCAACUGCACAUACCUGAGAAAUUAUGUUCUUGCGAGCCUGCCGCAAACUUCUCGGCUGCGACGACGCAAAAUUGAAUCUCUCGGGACGAACCUAGAGCGUUGCGCUCUUGAAAAAGACCUAUCUCACCUGCUCGACUCGACUCUCGUUUGCUACCGGCAGCUUACACCCGAUGUAGCGGACAACAGAUGGGAGCAAUGGCUAUCUUUUUCACAGAAAGGAGAAGAUUCUAGCGUUUCAUUAACAGGGGGCUCACCAAUAUACUCCCAGUCCGAAAUUGUUGACUUUGUAAUCUGGCUACUCUUCUCACGAGACAGCAGUGGAGCUCUUGGCCCGAAACAUCUUCUGUGCGAUGGAUAUCGCCGGAGCGCCGCCGAAAAGACCGAGGCAGAAACGAUUCCAGGUGUUUUCAGUCGGUUUCCCAAUGAUCAGGUGGCUAGCCUCAAGGCGAGUCCCUGGCCGCAAUUGCUGGCACUUCUGGGGCAGUCUGGGGAGAAAAUCAUGAUUAAUCUGCUUGUUGAUUGCUCAAUAUUUGUUGCUGUUGAGUCGGGAUUAAACAACUUUUACCAGAUUUCCGGAAACCCAAUAUCCGAGCUCGAAUACGGAACAGAAAAGAAGACAGUGCCCAAAAAACCGCAGUACCUACGCAAAUUAUCCGAUAUUACACUUGUGAGAAGUAGACUGUUCUAUGCGCGGCCUCCAAUGACGUCCACUGGGCACAUUCGGCCAGGGUACAGGCACAUAUAUAUUCUUAAUCGUUGUCCCUAUAUAUCCGAAAAUUCAAAAACUAGGCCGAACACAAGCCAAAAAAACGACUUGAAUACUGCCAAGGUCAUGAUGUACCUUUUCCCAAGACAAUUUGGCCUGCACAAUGUCUUUACAUCUACAGUUGAUCCAAAAACAACAGUGCAAAAGUUCCAAGACUAUACCAUCAGAGAUGAGGAGAUUGCAAGUCAUCUGCGCUCUGAUAGAAAGUUUAUCGAGCAAGGCCUACCCAAGAUCCCCAAGCGGCUACGAGGAGCAGGGCAAGACCUAAGUCAGGCUCCCGAUGGAAAGUCGAGCAAAGGCUCUCCGUCUACCGCACGGCGAGCAACGCAGACGCAGAAUCGUACUCAGGGCUCCCGUGUCUUUCAAAUCGAUCCCUCUGUUCCCAUUGUUGACUUGGCGGCACCGGUUGCCCACGUCUCGGCAUUCCUUCAGGCGGCUCUGUCAAAGAUUAUUCCCGACGCUUUUUUCGGCGAGGGUGAUGAACUCAUCCACAACAAGGAAUUGCUAGCCAAAAAGAUGCACCAUUUCAUCUCGCUACGAAGAUUCGAAACCAUGAGUCUUCACGAGCUAUCACAGGGCUUCAAGACUUCCAAUCUGCAAUGGCUGCAGCUCCCUGGUUAUAAUGGCCAAAAGCACAGCCAACAAGAAGCACUGAAGCAGCUUGAGAUUUUCCACGAGCUGCUGUACUACAUCUUCGACUCUCUUGUGAUUCCACUAGCACGCAACACCUUUUACGUGACCGAGUCCAACAACCACCGAUACCAAGUCUUUUACUUUCGGCAGGACGUGUGGAAGAUGGUCUCCGAGAGGGCCAUGAGCGCCAUCAAGGAUGGCAUGCUCGAAGAGCUCAAAGUCGGCGACAUUCAGCGCACGAUAGACUCCAGGCGGCUGGGGUUCAGCCAGAUUCGCCUGUUGCCGAAAGGCGCCGCCCUGCGGUCCAUCACGAACCUUCGUCGCCGAUUUCCCUCAAAGCACAACAAUAAGAUUCUUGGGCCCAGCAUCAAUACAAUCCUAGCUCCCAUACACAAUGUCUUGAAGCUGGAAAAGCACCUCAACCCGUCGAAUCUCGGCGCCACCCUCUUUUCUGUGGGCGACAUCUACAAGCGGCUCAAGGAGUUUAGAAGCCGGCUUCCCACUCCGCUACCACGGUUGUACUUCGUCAAGGCCGACGUCCAAUCCGCCUUUGACACCAUCCCUCAGGAGGCCGUCCUCGAGCUCAUGACGGCCAUCCCGAGCCAGGCCAACUACAAAGUCUUCAAGCAUGCCGAAGUCAGAGCCGGCGAAAGAUCUCUCACCGGCACCUCGACGGCCAUCCAUGAUGACAACGGCACGGCCGCCAAGACGCCGCCAAAGCCGUCGCGCCGCUGGAACUGGACCGCCUACCCGAGCGACGAGUCCAGGCCGUUCCUCCAGCGCCUGGAUGGCCACAGCAGCGGCCACAGCAGCGUUGCGGCUGCGGCCCGGCAGCGCAAAAACACCGUCUUUGUCAACAGCGCCGCACAGAGCCGCCACGACACGCGCGGCCUGCUGCGGCUGCUCGCCGAGCACGUCACCGACAACCACAUCAAGGUCGGCAAGAAGAUGUACCGGCAGCGGCGCGGCAUCCCGCAGGGCUCCGUCCUGUCAUCAUACCUGUGCAACUACUUUUACGCCGACCUCGAGGCCAAGCAUCUUGGCUUCCUUCGGGAGGACAGCAGCAGCGUGCUCCUGCGUCUCAUCGACGACUUUCUGCUCAUCACCACGGACAAGCGCAAGGCGCAGCGCUUCGCCGCCGUGCUGCACCGCGGCGUGCCCGAGUACGGCGUGCAGGUCAGCCCGAAAAAGUCGCUCGCCAACUUUGCCGUGUCGGUGGCGGCGCGGUCCGGAGACGGGGACGGACAGCAGCAGCAGCAGCAGCCGGUGCAGAUUGCGACGGUGGACAGCGGCGCCGACUUUCCGUACUGCGGCGUGCUGAUCAACUGCCGCACGCUGGAAGUCCGAAAGGAUGUCCAGCGGGACCAACAGAUUGACGUGUUUAAUACCCUGACGGUUGAGCAUAGCCGCGCACCAGGUCAAAACUUUGAGCGGAAAGUCUUACACGCCUUCAAGAUUCAGUCGCACCUCAUGUUCUACGACACGAGCCACAACUCGCGCGCGACAGUGCUCAAGACGCUGCGGGCUGCCUUUCGGCAGACGGCCCUCAAGAUGUGGGCGUACAUGCGGGCACUUGGCCGAGCCUCACGACCGCGUCCUGACGUGGUCAAGCUCACCAUCAUGAGGACGGCCGAGGCUUCCUACCUGAUUCUGACUAACAGGUUUCGCAAGUUGAAGAACCAGGGGUACGAGUGCGAUAUUCGGAAGUCGCAGGUCGCUCGUCUUGCGUACGAGGCGUUUGAAGAGAUUUUGUCCACGAAGCAGACGCAACAUGUUGAAGUGGUUUCAUGGCUUCGGGGCCAAAUCGCCAAAUGCAAUGACAGUUCGGUGUAA